AUGAAGACGACUCUCCUCCUCUUUGUGUUUCCUUUUGUUUCGACUCUGUCUUCUUCGAGCGAUGAAAGCCCGGCAGUUGGUUCGUCCAGAGGCAAACGGCAGGUUUACUACUUGUGCGGCAACUUUCCCAAUCAGUACCUCAGUCUGACGCGUGAGUGCUUCAGAGCUUGAGCCCGCCCGACAUAAAAGUUUUCAGCGUGUAACAACGGCUGCAGCACGUGCGGAUGUCAGGCAACUUGCAGCACUUCCAGCUACUGCCAGCAGAUUCGCAGCAAUUGGAGGUGCAUCAACGGAUGCUGCAGGGUCCCUUCCUACGAGCCGACUCUCCCUCCGACUACAACCAGUGCACCCACGAACCCGAACCCUGUGUGUGGUGGUCGUGAAACUUCCGGAGGAUACUGCAGAUCCGGAAACCUGUGUGGAAGCGGAUACCUGUGCACGGACAACAACGUCUGCUGCAGAUGCACUUACGGAACUUCCAUUGGUAAAUGGUUCUUCGUGUCCUCCAUCCUAAACUCCAACUAUUCAGGACCAUGCGUGAACGGCCAGUGUCCGGACAAGACGUACUGCUCUCCGACGAACAAUUGUUGUCCGUAUUUGGUUCAAUGA